AUGAGGGUUUCAAGCACCCCAACUGAAUCAAACACAACAAGGCAAGGCACACCGCCACCCGACACGGCAGCCGGUGGCAGCAGGAGGCGACAGCCACCACCUCAUGGUGGUGGUUUUCCACCCAAACAAGUUACACACAUAACACACACUACUACUAAACGAACACCCAUACGCUUUCUUGCUUGCAAACAGAUCCAACCACCCUCCUGGUGGCGGUUGGCGACGACGGGGCUAGUGGAAAAAAGAGAAGAAGAAGAAGUGGUGGCAUCCAACUUCAACCGAUGGCAGUGGCUCCUCCACGGCUCAUUUCUCCAGCAAGGAAGGUCACGGCGUCCGGUGGUGGGCACGUAUUCCAGCUGCAACAACCAUAGUAGCAUGGUGGCUGCAACUUGGCCCUCUCCACUUCCGACUGCACAAAACCCUCCACCGGUCUUCAUCUCCUGUCAUAACGGAAAAAGGGGGAUAGUGGCACUUGGCUCGGCGGCUAGCGACCUCGACACGAUGGUGGCGAUGCUAGAAAAUGGAAGGGAAGGCGACGACUGGUGGGAGGUAUAA